AUGAAUCCUCAAUAAGCAAGCAAUAAAGAUAAAGCUAAGCAGCAUUUCAAAAUAUCAGAAUUUAUUUUAGAAAAACUAUUAAAUGAUUUUGGCUAGAAGCCUAUUGACAGAAGAGUAUUAAAUUUAUUUAACUAAGUUAAUAACUUGCUAUGUAAAUGAUUAUAAAUCUAAAUAUUCAUCUUACAACGAACAAGGUGUAAGAUAACUAAAAAGCGAACUUAAAUCUGCAUUACUGAAGUCUGAUUCUGAAAAAGAAUAGAUAAUGGCGAGUCUUAUUAGCAACCUUAAUUCUUAAUUGUUACAAAAGGAUUAACUACCAAAUGUAAAGAAAUAGAAGAAUAACAGAAAUGCUUAAAUAACCACUCUUACACAAGAACAGAAUAAUCAAAACAAUAAUUUGGCUGGCCAUGAAAUACAUAGACAAGAAUCUUUCCCCUCUGAGAAUCGAUAGAAGUCCAUUUAUGAGAUUGAAGAUGAUAACUAAGAUGAGUGGGCAGCCAUUAUUAAAUAUGAUACAGCAAAAUAUUAAAAGGAGUAAUUAGAAACAAAGAAGAAAUAAUAAAUUAUGAAAUAAAAGUUAAAAGAAGAUUUGGAUAAACAAUUAUAAGAAAAGGAGUAAUAAAAGAGAGAAGAGGAAAUGAAGGAAGCACUAUAUGCUUAAUAAAAUUAGUAGCGUAAAAUUGAAUUUGAAUAAUUGGAGAAAUAGAAAAAGGAAUCAUAAAAACAUAAAUAAUUUGAGGAGAAAAAGUUAAGAGAUGAACAAGUACAACUUGAAAAACUGAGAAAGUAAACAACUUAGAAUUAUAUCUUAGAAAGGAGAUCUAAAUGUAGUCUAAAUUAAAGGAGGAUGAAAUUUUAUAACAAUUAAAAAAUGAAAUCAAUCGAGAGUCUCUUGAACUUAACAAAAAACGAUAGGAAUAAAAGGAAAAAUUCUAAUAAAUACUUAAGGAGAAUGAGUUACUCAGAUAAAAGGUAAUUUCUGAUUAAAUUUAUAAAGGCUUAAGAUGAUUUGAAACAAUAAAGAGAUCUUGAUUAGAGGGUACAACAAUUAGAGUUAUAGAGGUAGAUUCAAGAGGAUGAAAAGAGGGAGAAUUAGAAAAAGGAAAGGGAAGAAAAGAUUAAAUAAUUCAUGAGCAAUUAUAGCUUUUAAGUGCUUAGUAAAUAAUAAGAGCAGGAGGAAAACGAAGGAAAAUAUUUAGUAGAAUAAUUAAAGAAAUAAGAACAAUUAGAAAAGCAAUAAGAAUAGGAAAAGAAAUAAAAAGAGAAACAAAAAAUGGAAUUGAUUAAAGAAUAAUUGUAAUUGCAAAUCCAAUAAAAAUAGCAAAAAAAAUUAUCAGAAGAGGAACAAUAAAAGAUGUUAUUCAUUCAAUAACAACUUGAUCUACUAAACUUCUCAUAGAAGCAGUAAGAAAAAUAGGAAGUAAGUUAUUAUGCUAUAUGCUUCAUAGUCAAUCAGGAAAAGUCGUAAAUAGAACUAAGAUGAUAUUAAAAAAUAGAUUGAAGAAUCAAGGAAUAAAAGUUUGCAUGAAAAAAUGUCAAAGCUGGAGUUACUCUAAAAUAAAAGACUCUUAAAGAACAUAGCAAAUGAUUAAGAGAUAAAAACUAAAUUUAGAAAAGUCAAUGUCUCUAUAAAAUGA